AUGGCACGACCCUUGUACAACUUGCUCAAGAAAGACAGUGUUUGGAAAUGGGACUUGGCAGAACAACAGUCUUUUGAGGGUCUGAAAAAAUGUCUUACGUCAGCACCAUUGCUUUUACAACCAGAUACCACAAGACAAUUCUAUGUGGAAUGCAAUGCAUCAGACUAUGCAACAGGAGCCAUACUAUCCCAACGCAACUCCAAAGGGAAAUUGGCUCCAGAAUUGUUGGUGGUCAUUAGAGCAUUUAAAGAAUGGCGCCAUUUGCUAGAAGGAUCUGAAUUGCCAGUCCAAGUUCUAAUGGAUCAUAAGAACUUGGAGUACUUUUCCACGUCUCAAUCUUUGAAUAAACGGCAAAUUAGAUGGGCCAACUUCCUAGUUGAUUACAAUUUCCAAAUUAUCUACAGGCCAGGAGCACAAAACAAAAAGGCAGAUAUCCUCUCAAGACGCUACAAUCUGGUAACCCUUGAAGGGGGGGUAGAGAACCAGGUUCUCCUAAAUCCGGAACUUUUUAUUGCAUCCAUAACUCAGGAUCAGGAAAUCAAUGAUCUAAUUGGCAAGGCCAUUUACGAGGAUGAUUGCCUUAAGGAAAUUCUACACAAACUCCAGAACAAGGAAAAAGUCUUAGACUGGGAGUUGAGAGAAGGUUUACUAUGGUUUCAAGGAAAAAUAUUUGUACCAAAGGAUGACACUAUUAGGAACCUCAUCCUGGAAUCUAGGCACAAUGCAUUAGCGGCAGGACAUCCGGGACAAGCUAGAACAUUAGAACUUGUCUCCAGGAGUUACUACUGGCCAUUGCUGAAAAAGUUUGUCAAUUCUUAUGUCAGCCACUGCGAAACCUGCAUCAGGUCCAAGCCAACAAAUCAAUUACCUGUGGGCCUGUUAAAACCAUUGCAAAUCCCUGAACGCCCCUGGGAAGACAUUGCUUAUGAUAUGAUUGUGGGACUACCGGUUUCAGAAGGUUUUGAUGCUAUCCUGACAGUGAUUGAUUGA